CUUCUUCUUCACGUUCCGUUCUUUGUUGUCUGGUUCCGUUUCAGCGUCUGGUUCCUUGCUUCAGCGUCUGGCUGAUGUUCAUCUCCUCUCUCGCGACUGGUUGUGUUUCGAAAUUGAAUUCCUUUAUAGUUUCAGCAAAGGUAUGGCUAAAAGAAAGAGACAUUGUCGCAAGACUUCUUCUUCAUCAACAACACCCCAACAAUCUGAUUCAGCAACAACACCCCAACAAUCUGACCAUGUGCAGCAGCAUAGAGCACCUAUAAUCAAUGAGGUUCCAAAUCAACAGCCCACACAACGUGCUUGGAAGUCUACAAAAAAAUGGGACGUGGACCUUAUUGAUGAUGAGGGGGCUAUUACUUUUCAUAGUUUACUAUGCGAUGAUUUGAAGUUUGAUCUUCCAGGAGGUAGGAAAAUUGUUGUACAAUGGGAUGAGCUUGGUCGACCUGUUGGAAAUGGUGCUGGACUUUUGGGAGUAUUUUUAGGGGUAUUUGCAUCUAGUGCUGCUAAAUUACCAAUCACCUAUGUGAGAUGGCCAGAUGUUGCUAAAGUACACAACGAUCAGGUUUGGGCCACCAUAAAGGAAAAAUUUCAAGUCAAAGAGGAUGGACAUAAAAAAUUCAUACUGGAAAGUCUAGGGAAGAAAUGGAGAGACUAUCGUAGUAGAAUGUUUGUUGAAUGUUAUGAUGAGAAACUAUAUUGGGAAACAAAUCUUCAGGAACGCCCUGAAGGUGUUCCGUUGGAUCAAUGAGUCUCUUACCUACUGUAUAAAUUGUCUAAGAAAGGGAAGUCUUAUUCUGAGAAGAACAUUGCUAACCGACGCAAGCAGAAGAUCCCUCAUACACUCGGGUCUAAAUCUAUUGCAAGGAAACAAUAUGAGUUGGAAUCUCAAACUGGUAGACCAUAUAGUAGGUUAGAAAUGUACACU